CUGAGUUUGUGGACAGUGUGUCCCUCGAUAAACGGGACUUUCAGUUUCUUUUAGAGAACCGCGAGUGCAAGAUCGACCGCGCGCAAACAACGCGGCUAUACGCGCGUGAAAGUUUUACAUCAAAAGGACAGCCACUGUUUUCUGAAAUAGGCUUGGACUUUCGAGAGCAUUCAGGUGACUCCUGUAACGAGUUUUCGCUAGAGCGCUCAGGUUACUUCGACCAUGCAGACGGCCUUUGCCAAAUGCCCUCGCGCCCAUCGACAUUCCUUGGCUCCACUAUGUAAUAACGUAAACAUCAACAACAAGACAACGUGAAAGUUUAUACGGCCACCGCCGAGGUCCCGAUUAAAUUCAGCGGAUGUCAAGUAACUCUUGAUAUAUCUUAUCCUCAUCAUCACGAUACAAAUGAUGCCUAUGCACUACCUGCUCAGUAGCAGCUUACGCUAUGGGGCUUCAAGGAAACUAAUAUCGUGUAUUUAGUUUUCAUUAGAUACUUAUAUCUAUCGUUAUGUCACAACAAUCAAUUAUAAUUACUAACAGAUGAUGCUACAGGACCCGUUCAUAAAAUACGUUCGCAUUUAUGAGGAAGGAGGGGGUGUCGCUUACUGUGACAAGAUAUGACAAGGGGGGUUGGGAGGUCUAAGGAAACGUGACGUUCAUAACUCAUCCAACAAUUUUAAAAAAUUUUCUCUCGGGUUUUUUUAAUUUAAUUUUUUUUUUUUUGCUAUGAUAGAAAGUCAUUCGUUUCAUAUUUGUAAGUAUAUAAAUAUUUCUAUGCAUAUCUCCGUCAUAACAGGAGAAGGGAACUAUCAUUUUUGACACAACAUUGAUAGGGGGAUCGCAGAAAAUGUGACGAAGAGUAGGGAGAGAUUUAAAAAGAGUUUAUUUAGAGCAGAUAAACAAAAAUCGUGUAAAAAAAGAAAAACAAAGGAUGUGGAUAAUAAUGGGCUACUUGCGGUUAGCAGCAGGCCAAGUUGACUGACAGUCCUUGGAGGAGGGAGAAUGUUAAAGUGGGUACUGACACUGGAUGAACCUGCAUCAAGUCCAUGCGGUCUAGUGGCAUUGACGUAUAAGUGUAAAAAGCGUGGUGCCGUAUGAGGGAAUGCCCCGGUGUGGCAAGACACAUCCAACUGCUGGCCAGUCCACAAACAAUGGAGUCGGGUUAACGCCACAACUUCAUCAGGACUACCAUCGCUGUGACGUCGAGUGGUCUGAACAGGAAGCAAUAGAUGCGGAAGUAUCCCAAUUAGUAAACGGAGGUGCGGCUGCCCUUCAUAAUCUUAAGAGAUGGCGCAACUCAACGAGUUCCGGGUAUUCAAGCCAUUCGCCGCCACUCUCCGCUGGUUCAUAUUCUACAUGCUGUGCUUCAGUCCUCCGAAAUUCCGCAGUUGGGACACUUGGAGCGGAGGCCACUCUCGGUCUAGCAGUAAUUCAUGAAGCAGAAGCAAUACCACGUCCUAUUUGGCCUUGUUCAUCUAUUUAUCGUAGAGAUUUACACUUAGUUGGUUGCGAGACACUCGACUGCGAGGGCUUAUCUGCCAGUUGCAGUUACGCUCGCGCUUACACGUACGCCAGUCGAUGUCGCAAUGCUUGGCAAGACUGCCAGCCUUCUGCCCAUACGGCACAAGACGUCCUCUUCGAGCUCUCACGGACCCUCAACUCUGUCACUGACGGUGAGUCCGACAUGACGCCUGAAGAAAUUCUUCGUGAUAUCUCGCGUACUGUGCAAAAAGGAAUUGAAACAAAUGGUACAACUUCUACUGGUAUUUCAAGUGAAGAACACAUCUAUCGGUUAUCAUCAUCUUCAUCCAGCGUCAUUGGUAAAGAUUCAGUAACUGUUAAUCCUGUUAAUUUAAAGUUAUACAGUAAACCAGGAUACGCUAAUCCAUCUGUGCCAUCUUUUAAAACAUCUUAUCAGUGUCUUCAUGAAGGAAAAACACUUUUACUUAAGUCUGUUGCUAAAUCUCAAGAGAAACAUCGCAAACACGAACAGUGUAAUAAAAUACCAGCGAUUUUUCUUGUGCCUCAUUGCAAUAGUAUACAUACUGCACAUACGGUUUCUAAUUAUAAUACCAAAAGUGUCGAAAAUACUAAUGAUAAAGAUGAUAAUAGAUUAAUUAAAAUACGUGAUAAUUUGCAAGAUAUAGAACAUAACAAGAUGGUUCCUAGAAUUGAACACACACAGGAUAAAAUUUGUUAUAAUUCUGAUGAACCAGUAUAUUCUACGCAGCUGGACCUCAGUGAUGAAAGUUCUUCUUAUGGUGCAGUAAGAAACUCGUCACAUAAAGCUAAUUGGAAUCAAGGCAUAAAUGUUUUUAAUAAAAGCUUAGAUUUUACAUUAGACGGUCAUAGAGCUGAAAGAUUAGGUCGCUUAAUUGCUCGCGCUAAACGUAGACGACAAUGGUGUCGUGCCCUCACUACCAUCUUAGGGCUAGUCUUUUUUAUAUUAAGUGUUGUCGUUGUUUCCAUGUCUGUUACUAAAGGACGUAAAAUAUUUGGAAGCAUGUAAAGUCAAGAAUAAUUAGCAACUCAUUUAUCAAUCAAUAUUAAUUUACCGAUUAAAAAAAAAAUUAAGUCGAUUUAAUCUGUACAAUUAAUAGAUGAGCAUUCAAAAAUUUAUGAUUGAAUGUAGUAUAAAAUAAUAUUUUCAGUAGUUACUGGUGAAUAUUUGUCACAAUUAAUUUUAAUCAUAACUACUUUAUUGCAAAAGAUAGUUUUUCAUACUGAUCUUUGGCCAUAUGUAUUUCAUGGUACCUUAUAUUAUAUUAUACAUAUAUUAUCAUAUUAUAAGUUAAGACGUGUGCGAGAUUUAUAAAAUAAUCUUAGCAAAGCAAUAUAAUGGCUGUGACCAUGUCGUUUGCAUUUCUAUAUAACAUUUAUAAACACAACAUAUUAAAUACAUAUCUCUUAAUUUUUAAAUAAAUUUAAAUCUCUACUUAAUCCUACCUCAAUAAAUGAAAGAAUGAUAUAAAUAAUUUAAUAUUAUCGAUCAACUAAAAUUCUCAGAAUAAUAAAAAACUAUUUAUUCGAUUUUUGAUAAAGUAUAUGAUUAUAUGGGUGAUUCCGUUCUAACUGUGAUUUUUUUUAUUAAAACUUUUAAGAUUUUGAAGUUAAACUUUUUCAAUUUUUUUAUGGACAUUAUUUAUCUAUUUUACUGUAAAAAUAAAAAUCUGAGAGGAUUUUACUACAACUUGAAAGCGUCAAAAACGAGAAACAAUUUUCAAGUUUUGCGUUCCAUGGUACUGAUAUAAAAUAAAUUCGGUAAAAAUUGUUUGAGAAAAUUAUUAAAUUCAUUUAUAAAUUCUGUUGUAACACUUUUAAACUCUUCUUUUAAUAAAUAUUUAACACAUUAAUGAUGAUUAAUAACGAUUAACUUUAUAAUUUAU